UGAUUACUAGAUGUCAGUCACCAAUCAAUGUGUUGUUUACACACAUUUGCGUUAAUAUGAAAACUGUUUGUUUGUAUUGACUUUUUGUCAUCAAAUCAAUUGUUUGUCAAUAAAUGUUUACUAAAGAUGUUAUUAACGACAACUAAUCAGCUGUUAAUCAGUCAAUUGCGGUCACAAUCACUGACCCGACAACGCAUACAAUUGUUGAACAAUAGACCGAUAUAUGGAUAUCAAGUGUUUAGUCGACAACACUGGUCAACAACAAUCACAAACAGUGGCCACUUCUGGAACUCGUUUCGGGACACACUUUACGAAAGAGUGGAUAUCUUUGUCCGACUAUUGAGACAACAGUCCAACGUUUAUAUGAGUUUAAGAUUAAGAAGAAUGGCUCAAAUCUGCGGUCUUUAUAAUAGGAUUUAUUCGGAAUCAACUGUCCAUAAAAUGAUGUCCCAAAUGCUGAUCCGAUUACGGAUUCGGGCUUUAAGUACCUUAAGAUGUCGUCUAAAUAACUAUAAGUCCAAUGAUUCAGUCAAAUACUUGAUGUCCGCCGUAUGCGGACUAUUCUGUUGGGAUAAUCAACGGAUCACUGAUUUUGAUUUGAAACAAACUAUUAAUGACUUUGAAUGCAUUCAGAAGAAUGAAUUGAAGAGUUUUGCCAAUAAGUUUAGUCAUGACUUGAAUAAAGAUAAUUGCGGUAAAAGUAAUACAUUUUCGGUUUCGGCCGAAACGAGUGAAGAUAAGGAAAGUGAUGGUCAGUGGGAACCCGUCAUUAUGAGAGACAACUUUAAACUGUGGCGAAGAUCUUAUCCAAACACUUCUCUAUAUCAGUACAAAGUUUACGGUACUUUUGAUGACAUACCGGCGCGAACUUUCUUUAGAGUUCAAAUGGAUACCGAGUAUCGCAAGAAAUGGGAUAAAUUGGUUAUUAAAUUAGAUAUUGUCGACAAAGAAUCGUUUAUUAAAGAUAAAGAUCACAUGAAUAACGAAGACUCAGGCAAUGAAGUGUUGCAUUGGAUUAUGAAAUAUCCAUAUCCGAUGAGUACUAGAGAUUACGUGUAUUUACGGCGAUCUCGAGUGGACGUCAAGAACAAUGUAAUGGUAUUGAUGUCCAAAUCGAUUGAAUAUCCGAAACUACCGGAAACAUCACAACACGUACGUGUGGUUAACUAUUCUUCGCAAAUGGUUAUCAAACCUCACACGACAUUUGAUGAAUGCGGGUUUGAUUAUUUGCUCACUUAUUUUGAUGACCCGAGAGCUGCCUUUCCGAUGCCGGCCUAUAACUGGAUGGCCGUCAGUGGUGUUCCCGAAUUUGUAAACAAAUUACAUUCAGCAGCCUUUCAGUUGUUUCAAUCUAAUAAUUAUAAGUCAAACAAAUACCAGAAACAGAAUUGUUUUAAUACAACAACUCAUUCGACGGAAUUAUACGCCUAAACUGUAAACUAAGUUUUUUUUUUUAAUUUUAGAUCAAAUUGACUGACAUUCAGUCUAUUGGUUGACAACUCAUUUAUUUUAAUAAAGUUUAAGAUCUAAUUAUUGCUAACAUUAUUAAUAUCUUAUUUAUUCAAUUA